GUUACUGUGGUUACGAAUGACAUUCGUUGGUUUCGUAUCCCGGGAGAUUUAAAUACUGUUUAUUAUUCCUAUUGUUUUGUUCAUUGUCUUAUAUACUUGUCAGUGAAAUGGAAACUCCAGAUGCAGACGGUUUUGUUAACGUCUUUUGGCCUAGCAAAAGUGUCCCACAUGGAGGGAUUUUUCAUACUAGAGUUGUGGAACCAUCUCGGACUCAAGAAACAUUCUUAAAAGUGUUACUUGAGGAAUCAAGGUUAAGUAUUGCUCAACGUAAAAAGUCAGAGCUCGGGCUUCGCCAGUAUGAGAAAAAAGAAGACCAUCAAUCACAAGUUGAUAUUCCCAUGGUACGACCACGAACUUCUCGACGCCGAUCCCUGUCAGCUAUACGGGAAUCUGGAAUUUUGGACGCAGUAGACUAUCGUCCCAUAAAGCGAGGAGAAGACCGAGAAAAACUUAAGGAUUGUCUUGCAAAGGUCAUGGCAUAUGGAGAGCAAGAGCAGAAACCUCUGCCGGCCCCACAUCGUGCGAAGUCACCUCCAAAACUACCUACAAAAAAGGAAAAGUGGCAUGAUUUAAUGACGCAAAUAAGGGAACGAGCCGAGUGGUUAGCGGAAAUGGAGGACAUGGGUCAUGGGGCACCACAUCGUGAACUUAUCCAGGACCAGAUAGCUGAAAGGCUUCGAGCCCUAGAUGCACUUGGCUUGGAUGAACCUGCCUCUGCAAGGUCUAAAGGCUCCGGGUUUAGUGUACUUCCAAGUGUGAGAUCUAAAGAUAGUGGUAGAAAAGAAACUGCCAGGGAAAGCACUGGAUCAAUGCAUAGUUCUGUGAGAUCGAAACAAUCAACAAAAAGUGUUGCUAAAAAACGAUCUAAUAAAGAAGAGAAUGUCUUGUGCUAUCAAAAGCUACCUACACUACAAUAUUCACCAAGACGAAGAGUAUAAACAGAGAUAUUAUUUUGGAAAAUUUUUGAAUUAUGUAAUGUAUUAGCAAACUGGAGUGGAUAAAUCAAAUAAAAUUUCAGAGAUUCAAUUAA